CGCUACAUGCGGGCAGUAUACGCGCAAAGUAAAACUAAAUUAUACAUACACCAGUGAAAGAAGAAGUGAACAAACAAAUGUUAUUGGGUUUUCUAAUUAAGAUAUGCAAAUUCAUUUUGGAGUUAUUUGUUAAAUAAAGUAUAUUAUUUCGUCACACGGAUAUACAACACGGAAGGUAUCGGAAAACUGUGAUCUUACCACAAAAGAAAGUACCAGAACCGGGAUAUUAAAGUUGCUAAGUUACAGAACAACUUGAAUUUCUGAUGUCCAGCUCACAGUUUGUGUUGUGGUCAUGGAUACACUUGCUAUUUUGUGUAUCCAUGGUAACGAGUUGGUAUGGUGAAGCUUACUACAACGACAGAUAUGGUGGACAAGGAAUCGCUUAUGAUUCGGUUGACCGGACAUACGGAUUAUGGUCAGACGAGGGAGGUCUACACAGUAACUACCUUUUAAACAAUGGCUAUUGGUCAGGAGAAGAUUGCUCGGGAUGUACGUGCAAUGAUGCUGCCGGAGUUAUCACUUCGUGUACGGGAUCAACUGUUUCGAUACGAGGUAAAUCAAUGGUGAAUAUAACAGCAGGAACGUUCUCAGAGACAACAACAAGCAUAACUAUCAUCAACUGUCCAAAUUUUCAACUUUUCGAGGAUGAAACAUUCGUAAAUCUAACAAGUCUUCAAGAACUUGUCGUUCAGGGUACAGCAUUGAACCACGUGCCGGAUUUAUCCACGACAGCUGUUACAAAAGUAAAUCUGGCUGGUAACGUUAUAUCUCUGAGUACAGACAACCACCGUGGCUGGAGAUGGCCGACAACAAUACAGUACUUGGCGAUGAUGGACAACUUGCUGUACUGGCUACCAGAAAAUUUUGUAGAUGGACCGAACCUCAGAAUUGCGAGUUUUGGUAACAAUCAGCUGUUACAGAUACAUCCCACAAUAUUUGGUGAUACUUCUUCCUUGAUCUACCUUGGAAUGGAUGGUAACAGGAUAAGCAGAUUGUCCAGGAAUAGUAUUGCUGCAUUGGCAACCAGCAACUUUCAACAUUUAAAUAUAAGUAACAACGAAAUAGUAUUCAUCCAGGCUGGAACGUUUGACCAGUUAUCAAACCUAAAAAUUCUGGAAGUUCAUGGAAAUUUACUGCCAACCAUCAGCGUUAAUGUGUUCUCUAACAUGCCAGAGUUAUUGCACUUGGACUUACAUGCUAACGGUAUAUCUGCGUUGCCCAGAAAAAGUUUCGAGAAUCUUCCCAAAUUGAUGGAAUUAAGAUUACACUCCCAGAAAACUCCUAUGACGUCAAUAGCUUAUGAUGCUUGGACCAACAUAGGAGAUGAACUCAUAAACUUGUUUGUGAGCCAGAAUGGUUUGUCGACAUACCCUCAUCAAGUUUUAGAGGAAGGUUCAUAUCCAAAAUUAGAGAGAAUUUUUGCAGACAACAACGCAAUAUCGAAUGUGACGGAAUAUGGAUCUGAAGCGUUUCCCACCUCCCAGAAGUUCUUAUACUCCCAGAAGAGGCUGACAUUUACACCAUUCGCUGCUUAUCCCGCUUUACACACAUUGUAUCUUCAUGCUAAUUUGAUUACACACAUAGAGAGUGAUGACUUCUGCAACAUGACGAAUCUACAAAACUUGUACAUCAAUAGAAACUUACUCACUGAAGAUAACAUAGACGAUGAUGCUUUCCAGUGUUUGCCUGUACUCGACCUUCUACAGAUGGGAAGCAAUCUGAUACAGUAUGUACCAAAUGCAUUGAAGAGCAGCACAGUUCUUCCAGCUCUAACAGAGUUAUAUAUGCAGAACAACCACAUCACGUUCCUGGAAACUGGCACAUUCACCAAUUUAUCAACGUUAUCCACACUAAUAUUGACUGAAAAUAAAAUUGUAGCCAUAGAAAACAACGUAUUCAAUGCAGACAUUGAAUAUUUGAAACUGGACGGCAAUGAAUUCCGCUUCACACACCAAUUUCCAUUCAGCAACUUACAAAAUAUGAAACUUUUGUGGCUUAGUAGUAAUGUCAUAGAUUACAUUCCACCGUCUGCUUUUGCAAACUGCACUUCCCUAAUAGAGAUUCAAAUGGCCUACAACAAUAUAGCCCAGUUACUAAAGUCGCAUUUUGAGAACUGUCCGCUGUCUGGGGAUAUUUUGUUCAAUGACAAUGAUAUUGGAUACAUAGAGGACGGCACCUUUGAUCACGUUACUUCUAUGACAAGAUUUACUGUAGCAAACAACGUAUUGACAAGACUUCCAAAUGGUGGCGACUUUGCAGACCUGUCCAUUAUUGAUGCUGGAGAUACUCUGCAAGGAACAUUGGACUUUUCUAACAACCGACUUGUCUUCCUCGAGACUAACACAUUUGUGAAUCUCGCUGUUGCAGAUUAUCUAUCACUUGCUAAUAACAAAAUUACAAAAUUGCUACGGAAGCAUUUAACGGAUUGUCAGCCACAUACCUGAACUUACAAGGAAACAGCUUACGAGAACUGAACUGGAAAUCUUUCACAUCCGUCUCUCUGUCAGAAAGCAUGUAUAUCAACGACAUGUACUUUAGCACUAUACCUACUAUGGCGCUGUACGAUGUAUCUGCAAAAAAUAUAGACAUCAGUAAUGGAGGCAUUACCACAGUCGAGGACGAAGCAUUCUUCAAUGUUGUUGUCAGUGGAAACCUGGAUCUUGCGGACAAUAACAUAGGAACAGUGACCGGGCCAAUGUUUGGAGGAACCUCGAGUGUUGGACAAUUCUUCUACCUCAACAAUAACAAUAUCAUCGGUUUGAGCAUAGACGCUUUUGAUAAUGUAGUAAUUGAAU